CCCGGGGCCCAAUGGAGUCGCUGCAAUCAGCUGAGCAUCAUAUCUGGCUAUGAUAAACAAGUAAUGAACGGCAAAAACACUUAAUUAAACCAUGGAAGGAAUGCUGUAUAAGUGGACCAAUUACAUAAGCGGGUGGCAACCUCGUUGGUUUGUGCUAGAUGGAGGAACUUUGUCCUACUAUGACUCCCAAGAGGAUGCCUGGAAAGGCUGCAAAGGAAGCAUUAAAGUAUCAGUUUGUGAAAUCCAAGUUAAUUCCUCUGACUCCACACGGGUGGAUUUGACCAUACCUGGAGAGCAGUACUUUUACCUCAGAGCCAUCAAUGCAGCAGAGAGGCAGAAGUGGCUGGUGGCACUGGGAACAGCCAAAGCUUGCCUUACAGACAACCGAACUAAGAGAGAAAAAGAACUACAGGAGAACACAGAGGCGCUGAAAACUAAGAUGUCAGAACUCCGAUUGUAUUGUGACCUUCUUCUCCAGCAAGUAAACAAGAUCAAGGACAAUGAUGAGCUAGGAGACACAGCGGAGACAGGAAUAGACACUGGAAAUAUGGUGAAGUCUACAUGCACCACUUUCCUUAAGACUCUCGAGGAAUGCAUGCAAAUAGCAAAUCGUACUUUCAGUACAGAUAUGGCAACACAGAGUCCACCAGGAUCUCCCCCAGUAGCAGCCAUUAAACCUCAGAAGAUUAAACUGUUCAAUCAGUUAAAUCAGAACCUUGGAGAAAAAUGGAGAGACAUGCCUGAAACCACAGAAGAAACAAUUGCACAUGACAACCAGAGUCUAGACUCUGGGGCAGAGGGACCAGAUGAACUGGACAGACUGGAACACCAUCCUUCCCCAUCAGACAUUGAUGCAGCCAAUGGCAACAGCUCAGCCCAGGAGGAGCAAGUUGACUCUUCUCUACAAACUACCCAGAAUACCUCUGAGACUGAACACUACGACCAUCCAGCGGAGGAGGAUGAAGAGGAGGAUGAGGAGAAAGACACCAAUGAUCAAAAGGAGACAAAACAAGAGCAGAAGCACAACGUGGACCAAAGUCAAGAGCACGACAACAACAACGAGGAAGAGUGCGUUGAGCAGCCUCAGCAGCAACAGGAAGCCCUUCCAGACCCAGACGAGGAAGAAGAGGCUCAGGGUGAAGGAGAGAUGUCCAGAGAUUCAACAGAGCCAGAAGACACAGAGGAGGUGGAAACAUUCUUCAGCACAAUGAGUCACAGAUUUAGUGAUUUAAGACUGGACGACGACAAUGGUAUCCCCACACAAGAGUUUUUGGAUUCAUGCUAUGCAAUAGUGCCUGUAUUAGACAAGCUCGGGUCCACAGUGUUUGCUCCAGUUAAAAUGGAUUUUGUUGGAAACAUCAAGAAAAUUCAACAGAAGCUGAUGUCAGACCCCGACAGUUUCCCCACACUACAGUCCAUCGUGCUGCAUGAAGUGCAGUCAGACGUCACCCAGGUACGCAACUCUGCCACUGAAGCUCUGCUGUGGCUCCGGCGAGGCCUCAAAUUCCUCAAGGAGUUUCUGUCAGAAAUCAAUGCAGGAGAACAAGACAUCCAGAGUGCCCUGAACAACGCCUAUGGAAAGACUCUUCGUCAGUACCACGGAUGGGUUGUGCGAGGUGUAUUUGCUUUGGCACUGAGAGCUGCCCCUUCUUAUCAAAAUUUCGCUGCUGCUUUAGUGUCCAGAGAAGGUGACGAGCUGAAGAGUGGCUUCACAAGCGGUGUGCACAGGGACCUGGGUGUGUACCUGCCUGCCAUGGAGAAGCAGCUGGCCAUCCUUGAUGCCCUGUAUGAAGAAUACAACUUGGAGUCUGAUGAGGUGGUGUGAAACUUGCACAAAGAGAUGAUGUGCAUUCAUGGAAGGACAGAAAAGAAAAACCUGAACGAAGUAGCAGCGUCGUGGCUGGCUGCUGAAGGAAGGUGCCAGAUGCCAGGUGCAUCAUGUGUACAAAAUAGUUUGAGCAUGUCAUGUGCCAGUGUGACGUGUUUCCAGUGGUUCUUAAACUCUACGACAAUAGAGAGUCUAGGUUUGAACAACUUAUGAAUGUCUGUUUUUAGGAGCCCACCAAGGGCAAAGCAAGUAGUGACAAUUAAGACAUUAUGGUUUAAUGAAAUGUAGUUUCCAGGUCUUAUUCAAAUGACCUUUGACAUGUUAGGGGUAUGAAGCCCUGUUAUGCAGACUCCAACCAUAAUGACUCAUGGUGACAUUUGUUUCCGGUGCACAUUUUGUCACUGUAUUAUGGAUUUUUAUGUUCUGUACAUGUUUUAAGGUUACCACGGAGUAUUUGGCUCUAGUAACUUCCCCCGAAAGAUGAUUUUAUUGUCCACCCUUUAUCUUGCACUGACUGUUAAAGUUUAGUGGAAAACUAUGAUCAAAUUUGUUACAUUGUUUUUGUUUUUCUGUCCCUGAAAUUUUAAUCUCAAUUCUGAGGUUUGACAGUGAAGUGUUUUGUUUUACAUCAUUGACUUUUAAUGGGACCAAAAAGGAACUGUCAUGUGAAUGGUUUUAGCCUCUGCUGCCUACAGUACCACAACACAGGAAAAUUGAAUAAUACAAUGUGGCCGUUAAAGUACUGACAACUGCUGACUAUUUAUGUGGACAUCUUCUGCACAAACCUAUGCAUAUCAUGCAUUUUCACAAUGUCUAUUUAUUAUGUCUUAAGUUAUAAAGUUACAUUCAUGUCAUUCUGGUAAUUUCAAUCCAACUUUUGUGUGUAUGUUUGGGUUUGUGUAUCCAUGUUUGAGCAUGUUUGAUUGCAUGGUUAAGUAACAUGGGCCAAGGCCUUGAAUUAACCAAUUUAAUUAAUAAUCCUAAAGUGGAUUGAUUCUGGAAGUUAAUAUACAUCACUUCUCUUUCAUCUGUGUACUAAUAAUGAACAGCAAGUUCUGUACAGAUCUCAGUAUUUUUCACCAUCUCAUCCAAGCACUGUUCUACAUUUACUUGAGUGUUGUUACCAGCCAUACUUAAUAUUUUAUGAUGUCUAUUCAACAAUUUAAAAUGAGUGGUUGUACUCCACUUCCUGGCCAUAUUAAAGUUUGGCCAUAGAUUCACUGAGCCAUUCAAACAAAGCAGGAACAUCUUCAUAGGGCUUUUCUACCAAGACAUACCACAUAGUAUUUUUUACCUUUUAUUCCAAGUAUUCUUUUGAGUUUUCAGGAAUGAAUACAGUACAUUCUGGUACUGUUGUUGUGCACUCAUUCUUGUACAUGUCAUUUGCAGCAGGUUCACAUCAGAGAUGUGCAAUGGACUGAUUUCCUGUUGUAGAUGAGUUUCAAUAUUAAUCCUGAAAAUAUGCUAUUGUAAUAUUUCAAACAUUUGAUUGGGUUUUUUCUAUGAAUGUAUAUAAGAUGCUAUUUGAUUUUAAUAAAUAUAAUUAAGUU